UCAGAGCGGAAGUGUGUUUUCACCACAGUGUAAAACUGACAAACGUGGUUUCGCCAAUUGUAAAAAUAACCCUAACGGAUCGGAAAAGUGUGGAAACGAUUUUUCUUCUAUUUUUUUUUAAAGAUGAAUCACGAGCCAACAAAGUGUGCCCUUUGUGGAGUACCGUCUAGCAUGAAGUGUGCCGGCUGUAAACGGACCGCCUACUGCUGUCCCGAGCAUCAGAAGAAACACUGGAGGCUGCAGCAUAAGAACGAAUGCGCUAAGCCAUACGAGCUCACCCGCAACGAGGAAGUAGGUCGUUACUAUCUAGCCACUGAGGAAAUCCCAAAAGGAACAAUUCUUUUCAUCGAAACCCCACUGGUUAUCGGACCCAAAUGGAACCUGGCCGAGUACGAGCAACGAUCGAUGACCGUUCCGUGUGUAGGUUGUUUUUCCGACUGUCAGCUAGGUUUGUAUCGGUGUCAAGCUUGCCACUGGCCAGCAUGUAAACCGGACUGUCCCGGAUUGGAGAAUGCCAACCUACAUGCCCUCGAGUGCGGAAUACUUCGGCUUGGCGCGGGACCUAAACCACGGGACGAUCCGGAAGCCAUGUUCGAUUACUAUCGGUACGAUUCGUUGCUGGUGCUUAAGUGUUUGGCGCUGCAGAUGACCGAUCGGAAACGGUUCGAGCAGAUGAUGCAGCUGGAGAGCCACUACGAAGCACGUAAAGGAACUCAGUUCUAUAGGGAAGCUGACGAACGGACUGUUCAGUAUUUGUUGCGGAAUUUUCUGGCCCCGCUAAAGAAAUUGGAAGAGAAGCAAGGGAAAAGUGUGCUUCCGAUUUGCGACGCGAAGACACUGCACAAGAUCAGCGGACUGCUCGAAGUCAACGCAAUGGUUAUUCCGUUGAGCAACGGACGAGAGAUUUGUGGCCUGUAUCCGAUUGGUUGCAUGUUGGAGCACUGCUGCAUGCCGAACUGUUUCUACACCUUCAACUGCAGCAAGGGAAUGAAACUUACUUUCAAGGCUGGACGAAAUAUCAAGAAAGGCGAACAUCUAUCUACGACGUAUACCCACUCUCUGUGGGGAACCCAACAGCGUCGCGAUCACCUGAAAAACAACAAAUACUUCUCCUGUGGUUGCCUUCGUUGCACGGAUCCUACCGAGCUUGGAACCUACCUGAGUGCCCUUAAGUGCGUUGGCGUAGAUGGAAAUGCCUGCAACGGAUAUCAGCUACCAAUCGAUCCACUGGAUGACAGCAGUGAUUGGAAGUGCAACCAAUGUGCGGUCGACAUUCAGGCUGAUCAAGUCAACUUCUUGCUGUCGAAAAUCGGCGAAGAGGUUGAUUUCGCAAUGGAGCGUAAAUCAUCCGUCAAACAAAUGGAUGAUUUGGUGUCAAAACUGUCCACGUUUCUGCAUCCGAAUCACUACUUUCUGCUUACGCUCAAACACUCGCUUAUUCAAAUGUACGGUCACAUGAGUGGCUACUUAACUGGUCAACUCCCGGAUAGUAUUUUGAACCGAAAGGUUGAAAUCUGUCGGGAGAUGAUGAAGGUUAUCGACAUUCUGGACCCGGAUUCGUUCCGGCUUAGUUUGUAUGCCGCGGUGAUCUUUCUUGAACAGCAGUCGGCGUUGAUUGAGAUUAACGAGCGGAAGAUACGCUCGGGUGUUUCGAAAGAGGACUCAUCAAUACAGAAGAACCAUAAUGAAGCACUCAAUUGUUUGAGUCGGGCGAAAGAAGUUCUUACCUACGAAAUGGGAACGCAGCAGGGAAAGAAGAUUCUGGAAAAAGUGCUGAAAGCAACGGAGCGGUUAGAAGCGAUCUCUAUUGGUUAAUAUACAGCGUUCGAUAAAAAUGUUUUGUUUUUUUAUUUGAAUAAAUAGUUUAAACUCAAAAAUGACGUGUAUCACACAU